AUGAGCAAGUCCCUGACCCCUGAGGAAAUUCAACGCCAGCAACGCUUUAAUCGUCACCAAUCAAAUUUAUUCAGCGACGCAUGCAAAGACUAUGAAAGAAAAGAUUACAAUGGCGCGUUACUAAAAUGCGAGAAAAUAUUGAGCUCAUUACCAGAAAAUGGGGAGGCUCUUUCUAUGAAGAACUUGGCGAAGUAUUUCAAGAGGGAGCAGAGUGGAGCUGACACGAUGAAGGGUAUCAAAAACGCACUGAAAAACAAUUUGAGAAGUCCGACGAUAUGGCACUUGUAUGGGAUUGUAGCCAGAGAGCAGAAGGACUAUGUCGAGUCACUGAAGGCGUUUAAAACGAUGAACAAUAUUGAUGGAAAAAGUUUAGCAUUAAAAAGAGACUUGUUCUGCCUCCAAAUUCAGAACAGAGACUUUUUGGGUGCUGUUGACACCAUCGACCAAAUGAUUGUGUUGAGAAAAGACUAUCAAAACAAUUUUAUUUGCAAGGCAGUUGCAUCUUUCAUGGGCGGUCAAAACGACAAGGCGCUCAAUGCGCUGGACUAUUUCUUACUCCAUUACAGUGAUAACAGCGACAAAGUGAGGUACAACGACUUACUGAUGUUUAAAAUACAAAUAUUGAUGAAGGGGAAAUUGUAUAAUGCAGUCUUGGACUUUAUUAAAACAAACACAGACAAUUUAUUGGAAGGAAUUAAAGCGAAAGAGUAUGUGGCAACGUGUUUGACUGAACUUGGGAAGAAGCAAGAGGCACUCGACAUGUUAGAAACACUGUUAAAAAUUAACAAAAACAAUACCACAUACCACGAACUUGUUUUAAAAAAUUUGAAUAUAACAAAUGCACUUGAAAUGACUCCAGAGCAAUUUGAUGUGUUCAAAAAGUUCAAUGAAAAAUUGUGCAUUGGAGACACUUUGUAUGGCACAACGGAAACACUUUGUUAUCAACAAUAUGACGAAGUGUUUGAACAAGACAUCACAAAAUUCAUUGUAAAACUUCUUGAAAAUUCAAGAAUCAAUGUAUUCAAAAUUUUGAGUCCACUUUUCAAUAAAAAUACAAGCAGAAAUCAUGCAGAAAAAAGAACCUUUGUCGAAAAUUCAUUUUUGAGAAUUGCAGAGGCGUUGAAGAACUGCACGUCGUACAAGACACUUUCAGCUAAGUUCAUUCAACAACACCAUAUACCUAUAAUACAGGCACGUAUCGUCUUCUUACUGAAAGGUGGAAAGACUGAGGAAGCGCUUGCAUAUGCCACAGCCAUUGACGAAACGGAGUUUAACCUCAAAUAUUACUACCUUGCAAAGUGUCAUAUGAAGUUGGGGCAGUUCCCUUUGGCAUUGCGGGAGAUCAAAACUGCUUUUGACCUUAAUCCAAACGACAGAUUUUUCUAUAACAAAGCAAUUAAAUACGCACUGAUUGCUGGCGACAUAACUAAAGCUGAAAACUUAAGUAAGACAAAGGACAACAGCGAGGAAGAUUUAAAGACUGAAUCAUUGAUAUUUACACUCCGAUUUGCAGAGGCCUAUUUGAAGAGUGGGAAUAAAGACCUUGCGAGGAAAAGGGCGCUUAUGAUACUUCAGAAGUUCGACAAGGGUGUGACCGAUAUGUUUGAAUUCCAUUUGUAUGUGUAUGAAAAACUGAGCAUUUGCGCGUACCUCGACCUCAUGGAUAACAAUAUGAAAUACCAGGACUCCGAUAUCAAGAAAAAAGCUCUUGAAAUAGUUCAACAGACACAGGAGAUUUGA